GUGCGAGUGUGUAUGAGUGUGUAUGAGUGUGUGCGAGUGUGUACGCUGAAGAGGUACAAAGUUCUUCAGACUUUUUUGAAAAAGCGCGACCUUGUCAUUUCAGCGCCUCGGAUUUUUACCUGUGAUCCACUGUUGGAAGGCUAUACGAUCCUCGACAGUGUUCUGAGACUGUAUAGCCUCGCGUCCUGCAUAUUUUUAACUUGGAAUGGAUUUUAUUUCUUUCUUUUUAACCGCGUAACUUUUUUUUUGGGUUGGUUGUUUUAUAGACUAAACCUGCGCGCGCACAGGAGUGCUUGUCAUUGUGCUUGUCAAAAUAUCUUUUGCACGCGCGCGUGUGUAUGUCUGUGCGUGUAUGUGUGUGUGCGCGUGCGUGUGUGUGAGUGAGUGAGUGAAGUUCGGAGAAAUUACUGGAACGAGCGUGUGAGUGAGUGAGACCUAACUUCUGAAAGAUGACAGCCGAGAAAGAAAAGAAAAGGAGCACUUCAGAGCGGCGGAAGGAGAAAUCCCGUGAUGCGGCUCGCAGCAGACGCAGUAAGGAGACGGAGGUGUUCUAUGAGCUGGCGCACCAGCUACCUUUGCCUCACAGCAUCAGCUCCCAUCUGGACAAGGCCUCCAUCAUGAGGCUGGCCAUCAGCUUCCUGCGGACAUGCAAGCUCUUCACAUCAGGCUGCCAUACCAGUGAAACAGACAUAGACAGACAGAUGGACAGUCUUUAUAUGAAGUCACUAGAAGGCUUCAUCUCCGUGGUAACAUCAGACGGAGACAUGAUCUUCCUCUCAGAGAAUAUCAACAAAUUCAUGGGGCUGACACAGGUUGAACUGAUAGGCCACAGUAUCUUUGAUUUCACACACCCCUGUGACCAUGAUGAGAUACGUGAGAACCUGAGCCUCAAAACUGGUGUGGGGAAGAAAGGCAAAGAGAUAAACACAGAAAGAGACUUCUUCAUGAGAAUGAAAUGCACCGUGACGAGUCGAGGGCGCACCGUCAACCUUAAAUCAGCCAGCUGGAAGGUGCUACACUGCACAGGUCAUGUGAAAUUGUAUAACAGCUGUCCUACACGCACUCUAUGUGGAUAUAAAGAGUCACCGCUCACCUGUGUUGUCAUGCUGUGUGAACCGAUCCCUCACCCCUCCAACAUCGACACACCAUUCGACAGCAAGACCUUCCUCAGCCGACACAGCAUGGACAUGAAGUUCACCUACUGUGACGAGAGGGUAACUGAGUUAAUGGGCUACAGUCCUGAAGAUCUCCUGGGUCGCUCUGUGUACGAGUUCUACCAUGCCCUCGACUCUGAAAGUGCCACCAGAAGCCACCAGAAUUUAUGUACAAAAGGCCAGACUGUGAGUGGACAUUACCGGAUGUUGGCCAAGCAUGGGGGCUUCGUGUGGGUGGAGACUCAGGGCACUGUCAUUUACAGUAGUCGUAACUCUCAGCCACAGUGCAUCGUGUGUGUCAACUAUAUCCUGAGUGAUGUUGAGGAGAAGUCCACUAUCUUCUCUAAAGACCAGACAGAUUCAUUGUUGAAGAAACAUAUGAACAGUUUCUUCAGCCAGGCUGGAUCUACCGUGGCCUCUGAGACUAGUGGAGACCUCUUCACCAAGUUCAAAGAGGAACCAGAGGAUCUCACUCACUUGGCACCGACUCCUGGUGAUGAUAUCAUCCCCCUGAAUUUUGGUCAUCCAACAUUUGAGAAAUACCCAGUGUGCUCUAAGGUUUCUCCUAUGCAUCCCCCUGCAACUCACUCAGUCACGGAGGGCCAUAACAUGCCUAAAAUUAGUGGCAACUUCUCUAUACCUCAGGCUCCACCAACCAGCAGUGCCACUCCCAGCAUCAGCAGCUGCUCCACGCCCAGCAGCCCAGAUGAUUAUAAAAGCCCAGUGGAUGACCUGAAGAUGGAGAUCACAGAAAAACUGUUUGCUAUGGACACCCAGGGCAAAAGCUCCUACAGCCAAGAGACUGAGCUGAGUGACUUAGACCUGGAGACACUGGCCCCUUACAUUCCAAUGGAUGGUGAAGACUUCCAGCUUAAUCCCAUCUGUCAGGAGGAGACUCUGCCUGAGGCUGUUGCUCCAGGCAUUAGUCAGUACAACUUCGGCAACAUCGCCAACUUCUUCCAGCCACUUACCCCACCUCCAGGUUCCCACUUCCUGCCAAACCCGCACUCUGCUAGUGAGAAGCAGGCACCCAGUGCUGCCACAAUGGAGCACUGGCCACCCAUAUUUUACCCCAGCCCCAUGCCUCUGGCACACCACACCAAUCCAGCCAGCACACCACUAGCCGCUAUGGGUGGGCAUCAUAGUCUGCAGUGGCCACCUGACCCGCCAAUAAAUUACCCCAAUACUAAAGGUGGUAUGAUAGACUCAUUGGUGGAAAAGCACUCAUGCCAAGCUCUGCAAACAAAUUGCAUGUCCCUCCACGGCCAAAGGUCCAUGGAGAAAUACAGACCUUGUAAAGCCUACAGAGACAUAAGCCCAGGCCGGGGCACAAUACCAAACGCUAUGAAGCGAUCAUUUUUGCAGAUGAGCACAGGGGUUUCAUCUGCUAUCAAGCCACCUGAGAUGUGGAAAAGGAUGAAGAAUGAAAGCUGUGCCAUUUUGAACAGGAUGUCUCAAAGCAACAGUGCCUUAACAGAUGAGCACAAGGGCCACCAGCAGAGAAAAACUCAGUAUCAAGGUAAUCAAACAGUGCUGGGGAAAAAAGAUUACUCAGAACGGUGCUGUAACUACACAGACUACAACAUGCUCCCUAACACGAAAAUGGAAGGUGUGGCGAGUCGUCUGCUUGGGCCCUCGUUUGAGAUGUACUAUCUGCCCGAGCUGACACGUUAUGACUGCGAAGUGAACAUCCCUCUGCAAGGCAACCUGCACCUGCUUCAGGGCAGUGAUCUACUGUGUGCUUUAGACCAGGCCACCUAGAGUAACCUUUUCUUAGUUAACCUAGCUACAGUAUAUCACUCACAAUACCCGGAGUAUCAACCACAAUCCAGAUUACAUUCAUGCACCAUGUUCUACCCUUUCCACUACACAUUGUAGUAUUGUUCUCUCAACAUACCCCACUUGGUUCAUCAGCCAAUCAAUUCACGAGCACAGAUUGUGCACAGUAGCGGGUCUUAAAUGCACACACCUCUACCCUACCCUACCAUAUAUAAUGAGAAUGUAGCUUUCUGUUUUUAUUGUCUUCAUCUUUAUAAAUUAUAUGCAGUCCUAUACAUAGUAUAAUACAGUAUACACACAUUAUAUAGUAUAUUUUUAGUUACAAAAGAUAUUUCUUAAAGGUGCAAUAGUCAUUUUGUUUUUAUUUCGAACUUGUACAUAACCUGGAAGAUGUAAAAUGUAAAAACAUGCUAAAAUAUAAGCAUUUAUGUCAUGGUCAUGGCACACGUAUGCCAAGUGGCUGAGAAAACCCAUUUGAAAAACUGACUUCUGGGUCUGAAAUCCUUGUUUGUGUUUGAAUUGAAUUCAUAAUUGAAUUGAAUGUGCCCCUUGUCACUCAUGUUAGAGUCUCUCUACAGGCCAACGUAGAUCCUGAGGGUGGAGCUUCAUUAACAUGGGUGCAAAUUAAGGGGUUGGCUCAAAGAGUAAAAAAAAAAAAGCAUUUCUAUCAUUUCUAAGUCAAAUCCACCUACUUAACUGUUAGAGCCAUAAUGCACCUUUAAUGUGCUGAAUUAUUUUGCAUGUUAUGUUCAUUUUACUGUUUCUCUGCCUUCAGCUACAUUUUUUUAGUGCACUUCUUUCUAUUUCCCUGUUCUACUCUCUUGAAGAAUGAUGAUCUACUGUAAGAAUGUUAUUUGACCUUCAAUUUUCUGUAUUUCUCUCUAAAUUUCCUACCUCUGACACCUUAAGCCUAUACCUGUAAUAUGUAUGCAUGCUUUAGUGCCUUCUCUGUUCAGUUCCAGUGUUACAGCACUACUUUUUCUUUCUGUCAAUCUCCCGCUCCGUUUCUCUGUCCAUUGCCUUUUGUGUGCAGACGACUCUAUAUAGUUUUUAUUUUUGUCAUUUUAGCUGUAUACAUGAUAUUUAAAGGAGGAUUCUAUAAAGUUUUUAUGAUAAAGUUCUCUAUAAUGUAAAAGUUGUAGCACUCAAAUACCUGGGUACUUUGUCUUGUCUACUCAGUAGAUGUGGAUCGGAGUGCUGAAUUUAAGUGGUCUUUAGUGCUGGCUCCUUUCUAGUGGUAUUUGUUUUCCUUUGUGAUACAUAAAAGCAUAUUAUAUUUGUUGGCAGACCAGUGCAGAUUUCUUUUUACUCCUAAUAAGAAAUGAGGUAAAAAAAAAUAAAUAAAUAAAAAAAGAGAGAAGAAUUAUUAAAAUGAAAAAGUCUGUUUUUGAGAUGUAGCAAAUUUAGCAAAAGUUCUAACCAACAUUUUCAAUUUUAUCAUUUCUUAAUGAUAUGUGUGGCAUUUGUGGUAAGAAACUGUCUUUAAUACUUCUAACAGUGUUUCUGUCACACUAGCUGAGGUUGUCUUUAAAGUCGAAUGAACUAGCAUAAUAAUGGAUUAAUAAAUUUUGACUUAAUUACCGAA